AGGCGGCUUUAGCAAUGGCGGUGCAUCAUUGGAGAAUUAUUUAACAUUUUUCUCGCUUACCAGAGAUUUUUUUCUAGUUUUAUUAACAUUUCAGUGAAGAAAGAUCUACCAUGGACCCUUCAAUAGCAAAGAAAACACAAGAUACGUUAGGGAAGGUCAUAAAGAAACCUCCUUUAACGGAAAAAUUGCUGGGCAAGCCUCCAUUCCGGUUUCUUCAUGAUAUUAUCACUGAGGUGGUGAGGAACACUGGUUUUCUCAAAGGCUUGUACACCGCUGAUGAGAUGGACUCAGCGAAAGUCAAGGAAAAAGAAGCCAAGAUUCUUUUUCUUCAAAAAGCAAUAGACGUCGUAGGUAUGAUAACUGGACAGUUGUCAGUACGUCCAUCAAAAAUUGUGGCAGGCCAUGAACCUGAAAAGACAAAUGAGUUCCUGCAAGCAAUGGGCACAGCAAUUUUACACAAGAAAAGUAGUACUGGUGCAGUGAAAAAAGUAUUAGCAGGAGAAAAACCAGGAAAAGAACCUAGUGAUAACAAAAGAAAAGAUUCUAGAACUGGAAGUGGAAGCAGGGAUAAAGAGAAAUCAAAAGAACAAGACAAGGAAAAAAGUAAAGAUCGAGACAGAAGUAGAGACAGAGAGAAAGAAGAUGACAAAGACAAACAUAAACAGGGUGACUCUUCCAGAAGGAGGGAUAGUUCAUCUAAUAAAGCAGACAGUUCAGAUAGAAAGAAAAGAGAUGAAUCAGCAAAGAGAGAAAAAGAGAAGGAAAAGCAAUCUGACAGAGGGAGAGAAAAAGAAAAAGAAAAGCAGCUGCAAAGAAAAGAUGAUGAUGUGGAUAGUCCUGAUGUAGCAACAGCAGCUGCAGUUGAUGGUGAAUCAGAGAAUGGAGAGGCGCCAGCAAAUCGCAUUCCAAGACCAUCCUCUGCUAAAGGUCAGAGACGCCGACCAUCAGGGGAGGGAGAGGAUCUUCAAGAUAGUGAAAGUGAUGGUGCAAAUACAGAUGAACAACCCAGACCAACUGAGCAAAUGAAUGGGGUAUUACAUGAUGAAGACCUCCCUCCUCAAGUUAUAAAAAGUCGUAGUAUGGCAAGACCAAGCAGUGCAAGGCCUGCCCCACCUAAGAUAAAAAAGCAACAAGAGGACCUUGAAGAGCAAAUAGCCAGAAUUGGGUCUGGGAAACAAGUUGCCAGUGUUAUUGUGGAUGAUGGCAAAGAACAUGAUGAUGAGGAUGAUACCUUUGUAGUUGAAGAUGCACAUGCAGUCCAAAAUGAUGUAGAUGUGGCUCCUACAGGAGAAGUAGCUGAAGAUGAUGGUGAACACGGGGGCCUUGUUAGAAAAAUUCUUGAAACAAAGAAAGAGCUUGAAGGAGGUCGAAACCAAGAAACAAGACCAAAACAGGAAAGACAAGCUCCUAUUAUAUCAGACGCUGCAAGGAAAAAAGAAAGGGAACUUGCGCAAAAGGAGAUAGAAAAACUCAGAACUAGUAUUCAGACAUUGACGAGAAGCGCAAAUCCAUUAGGAAAAAUUAUGGACUAUAUUCAGGAAGAUAUGGAUAGUAUGCAAAAGGAGUUGGAUCUGUGGAGACGGGAAAAUAAGGAGCAUGAAAUAGCGUUAAGAAGAGAGGAAAGCAUAACACAAAAUGAGAUUGCACCCUUAAAAUCACAGCUAGAUGAACUUGACACUGAAAUAACAGAAAUGGUCGAUAGGAUAAGCACAGUAAAGUGUAAUAUCUUGAGAAAUGACGAAAAAGUACAGAAAAUGCUCUCCAGUGUAUCAUUAACAUCCAGAUGAAAAGGACUGCUCUGGUGCGGUGCUUGUAAAAAUGUAAAUUAUCUCUUGUAAACGGCGGAUAGACGUUCAGUGUACAAAGGAGCUCUCGACCCGGGUAUUUAUUUUAUCGAGCAACGAAAAAUACACAACCAAGAGAUGGAUUAUAGGAGAGUGUGAGAGUGUUUGUGCUCUUAGAAAGUCUCUCAUUCAUUUAAGUGAAGAGAAACCUCCGUUAAAAAUACACACUAAUUCGCCGGAGGAAAAUUGUGCCUUUAUCUAGUUGCGGAAAAAUCCCAUUUUACGCCUACAAUCGCCAGCAACCAGACCACAGUUGUUAAACCACAUAGCUAAAGUUUACAUCUAGAAAAGCAACCACCAGAAGAACCACUCUCGAGUACGAUUUUUGGAUUUUAUUUGGUACUUUACAACACUCCGACGCAAUAACUACUAAAGCUUUUACACAAAUUACUGUUUAGAUAUGCUUAUCUUUUCUUUUGUUGGAAAUUUAAUAUAUAUAUUGAACCUUAUCACUAUUCUGUUACCCGUCCUUUUUUUAGCAUAGAAAUAAGAUUGCUUCAAAAUGUCUGUCGAAUUACGGCAACCCAGUCAAAUCGAAGACUGUCGACAUUUUUUUAGUGGAAAAUGGCGUGAUUAAAGUUUGCAAAGG